AUGGGCAGGUUAGAUAUAACCCUAAUGCGUAUCCUAGAGUGGCCUGGGGAGUGCUUCAACGUGGGCCGCCUGCAGCAGUAUUUCCCAGAGCUACGACAGCUGGAGUACAUUAACUGCACCAAUCUGCGAAAUUUCAAAGGCCGCUUCGACGCUAACUGCAAGAUUGAGAAACUAGUAAUGCACGGCCUAACAUCACUGUGGAAGGUGCCAGCAAAUAUGGUGGUGCUAAUGCCGCGGCUCCAAGAGCUCGACCUUCGCAACAACGUGCUUCGACAUAUGAAGGCCAAAAUGUUACGUGGACCACCUGCCUUGGAAAGAGUAAGGCUCAGUGAUAAUAAAUGGGACUGCAGCGACCAUGGACUGGAUUGGCUGGCAAUGGAAAGAGAGAACAGCACAAUACGAAAGAAGAUCGUAGAUUACUAUGAACUGGUCUGUCACCAGCAGCUUUACAAAGGAAAACCACUUCACAAAGUUAUGGACAUCAUUAAGACACUGCGCCGAACGUGUCCGGAUCCGUGCUCAUGUGCAAUGACGAACGUGGUAGCAGAUCGCAACGGAGGACUCAUACCGAUCAUCACUGUGGAUUGCAAAUCGAAGCAGUUGGAAGAGCCCCCGGCAACUUUGCCUCCUGGCACGACGACGCUGCGCCUUGAGGGGAACAAGAUAAACACAAUAAGGAGUAUAAUUCAGAACCCACACUAUCAGAAGCUGGCAGACUUGUAUCUGGACAACAAUAGUAUAUCAACAGUGAAGGAACUGGAAGGAUCUGAAUGGUUCACCUCUUUUCGAGUGCUUAGCUUGAAAGGGAAUUUGCUUAAACAGAUCCCAGUAUACGCGUUUGACAAAGCACUUCAAAGUAAUGUAAAUAUAAUGCAAGUGUUUCUUGGACAUAACCCUUGGAGGUGCGACUGCCACUUCAUCCCGCGCUUUCAGAGUCUUUUGCUCAAGUACAAGAGGAUCAUACGAGAUUUUACAGAUGUGCGCUGCUCUAGUUCUGAUGACAGCAGUUUGUCUCUGGUACAGAUUAGUACGAUGGCACUAGGUAACGUCUGCAAGAGCGGCGUCGAAUUUCCAAUAAGUCCUAUAAACAUAUUAAAUAUUACCUUAACAGCACUAAUUUUACUCGUCGUAGGAAGGUUCGUAUAUGACUGGCAUAGUUUUAAGACAACGGGUAAAUUACCCUGGUUAUCCUCUAUAUUACCCUGAUAAUACGCUUCGCCUUUGUGCCCUUUACCUACUCAGAAUGGGGGCAAAGGCAAUGGUAUCGAUGUCGUCGAUACAAUCGCGUAUGAAACCAAAUACUGUCAUAACUCAAAAUAAUUGGAAUUGAGAAUACUCAUAAACGAAAAUAGAAUUUUUUUGGUUCCAUUUUCCAUUCAAUAAUUUUUUGAAGUUUCAAAUUGUGUCCUCUUAAUUCCAUAAUUUUGUGUUGUAAUAUUUGGUAUCAUGUGCGACAUCCUAGAACAUUAUUAAAAAUAAAAAUUACAACUUGACUCGGGCUUAAAUCACACUGGGCUGCGACUACGACUCUGCGUAGCGUCGGGUCGCGUACUGUUUUUCAACUACAACGCAUGUCGACGCGCAUCGUCGUGCGACGACGCUCGCAUUGGCGCGCCCGGAUCACAGUGCGGUGAACCGCGAAACCGUGAAAGGAAACCGCGGCGGCGAAACCGCUCGUCUUUAACGAAGCAUCAACGCGCGAAGGCGCGUGUUGUUGCGCGUCGACGCGCGAUUCCGUAUUUGCAUACCACAAAUUUAUACUUUAAUAAUGGAAAAAUAGAGGUCAAUAUGCUAUAGGCGAAAAACGUGAUACGUCGCGACGCUUCGAUUCUGCGCCAGUGUGAAUUGAGCCUUAUAAAACACGAUAUUUUAUACGAUAUAAAAUAUUAUAUUUAGACCAUUCCUUCGGCUCCUGCCACAUUGCUUUAUUAUCCAAAUAACCAAAACAUUAAUAUCAAAAGGUCAGCCAUAUCAGAGUUGAAUAGGAAAUUGUAAGAAAUUUGUUCUCAAAUCAUUUUAAUUAAAUGUUCUUGUAACUAGGCCAGAGACACAAAAGAUCAAAUAAAUUUUUCUAGUAACUAGUUCGAAGACUUCAAAAGUGAUUUGCUCGUAUUAAAACUUAUUAGUUAUGUAACAGGAACACUGGCAUUCAUUUUGCUUAUAAACGUUACGUACAGAGUGCUCCUAUUGCGGGGAGGUAUUAGAACUUAUUUAUUAGUUAUGUAAUAACAUAUUUUAAAUUUGAAAUAUAAAACUGUCACCUCUUGUGUGUUUACAUUUUGUCGAACACACCAUCGUGUGGACUCAUACGUUUUUCCUUUUUACAAAGGUAUAAGAGCUCGAAGAACUGUAAUUUAACUUCAAUUUCUGACUCAAGCUUUACUUAUUGUUAUUUCUUAGUUUAUCCUUUAUAUUAAUGACCUUCUUCGAGUUCGAAUUAUAGAUUUCUAAGUAUUUUAUUGAGUAGAAUUCGAUGUCAGAGUUACCGUAUUUUUAAAUUCUAAUACUUGU